AUGUUUCCUACUCGUGCGCUGCUUAAGCGAUCAGCAUGGAAGGGUCCAAAUAUCGUUCCUCUUCCACUGCCUAAAACAAUCCCUCCACCACCAGGAACGCCCGCAAUCCGCACCCAAGCCCGAGCUGCUACUAUCCUGCCAAACUUCGUUGGUCUAAAAUUUGCCGUUCAUAACGGGAAGCUAUACCAGGAAGUUCUAAUCACCGAAGAAAUGGUGGGACGGAAGUUAGGGGAAUUUGCGCCGUAUGUCAUUUCCCACCUCGAGCACCCUAUUUCAUAG